GCUGAGCCGCCUUCCUUUCGGCUUUGGGAAAAUGGAAGAGUGGAUGGUGGAGGGAAUUGCUGGCUUUCUCAGCAGUUCAUGUUGGACUAUUCCAAUCACCGAUUUCAUCGAACAAAACUGUGCAGUUUUUGAUGAUGAAGAGGAAAAUAAAUUAUCUUAUACAGAAAUCCAUCAGGAUUACAAGGAUUUGGUAGAACAAUUGUUAGAGAGCUAUCUUCAAGAUGUUGGGAUCCAGGAGGACCAGUUUUUGGAAGCCUGCAAUUCCCCACUUGCACAGUCUGAAUCAUUUCAGCCCGUUUUCCAACCAGUUCUAGCUGCAGAAGAUUUUCAAGUCUUUAAGUCACUGAUGUUACAGAAAAACAUUGAACUGCAAUUACAAGCUCUCCGUAUGAUUCAAGAGAGAAAUGGAGUUCUCCCUGAAUGUUUGACAGAUGGAGAGGACAAAAUCAGUGAACUGGAACAACAAGAACUUAGGAUAUUGAGAGAGGUGCUGAGACAAUCAAAAGAUGAGUAUGAACGGGAGGUAGCAAAGAGAUAUGCUACUGAGGCAGGAGCCAAAGCUGGAUCAACACAAAGUGACUUAGAGAAAGCAAUUGUGGAGAAUGCACAACAGGAGGAAGCUCGGCUUUCCAGACAACACGAACAAGGAAAGGAAAAUUUACAACGGGCUGUUCAAAAAUCUUUACAAAAGAGAACAUCAGCGAAAGAAGAUGCAGUUGCAUCCACAAGUAACCUAGAUGAGAAUGUUAUGAAGUCAAAAAAAGUAUCAGAGAAAGUUAUUGAAGCGUUACCUUCGUGUAAAACGGGAAACAAGAUGGGCAAUGAUCAAGAAAAGACCUUAUCAGAACAAAGUAAUGGAGUUUCCAGAAAAACAUUAGGACCAGUGCGGGUUCCAGUAAAAGGAGAAGAGCAACGAUUACCUUCAGAAUCAGUAGGAAAAAGGAUACACCAAAGUGAUGCAGCAGAGACCUGGCUACAACAGGCAAAAAAAGAAGCGGGCAUUUCAGGCUCUGUUAUGGAACUUUCUGAGAGUGACAGGAGGAAGCUUCAAGAACGAGCAGCAUAUCUAAAGGAACAGCGUGAUAAAUUAGUGGCUAUGAAGAAAGAACAAAGGGAGAAACAUCUACCGAAAAAUCCAGAAAGCCAGAAACCACAACCCAUACUAGAAACUAAAGAGCUUGUUACAGGCUAGCAACUGAAGGUGAGAAAAGAAGAUAUAUUUCAUCUAUAUGCUGGUAGUCCAGGGUUCCAGAAAGAAGCCGUUAAAAAUAUGGACAGAUGAUUCAGCAGAAUGGGGUGGAACCCAUUGAUAUUAUCCAAGAUGUACAAGUGAAGACUAAUAAGAGCAGCAUUGGUUGAGAGAGGAGACAUAAACUGCUGUUGCAAUAUUCCUAUCUAUAAUUUAACAACCGUAUGCCAUGCUAUACACCAAUUGUAUUCAUCUGAUUAUGAUUUGUAAGUAUAUUUUAUUUCACCUAAUUGAUAGACAUUACACUUUCAAUGCAUAAUGUGACAGCUUAUUAAAAAUAAAACCUGUAAACAGCUACAAAGCAUUCAUCUAUAUUAACAUGGUUAUUUUGUAUUUAUUUUAUCCUAGAUUUUAUAAAGUGUGUGUGUUAAUAUUCUACAAAAGCAACUGGCAGCAUUUUUUGCAAAACUAAGUUCUAAGGGAUACAUUGGAUACAGGAGACAUUGACAUAAUAACAUUAGUUACUAGUUCGUUUGUGAUAGUGCUGUAUUUGAUAUUG